CUCCUGCACACUGGCAGCCGCUGUAGCUAGCAGCAGAUGUUAGUCUGGAUGCACACAUUGAAUGAAAGUCAGUUUAACAGGCUGUAACCACCAGAAACUAAGAAUAUCUGCGCUCAGGAUAGUUAUCUGACAGCUUAUAGAUACCGUGUGAGGCUGAGUCUAUAUAGAGACGUUUACAUAUUGGAAACAGACGGGUUGAAGAUAUUUGUGGAAGGAGAAGGACCAGGCUGUGUGGGGCUAUGCAGCUCGUCGUCGGGCUGGUCGCAGCGGUGCUGUCGCUGCUGGCAGAGCAGAGCUGUGCGGACAGCGGGGGCCCCAGCCUCGCCGAUCGGGUUAUCUGGGCUGUAAACGCCGGAGGUGAGGCACAUGUAGACGUGCACGGCAUUCACUUCAAGAAGGACCCAUUGGAGGGAAAGGUUGGCAAAUCAUCUGAUUAUGGGUUACGGCUCCCAAUACUCCGCUCCAGUCCUGAUGACCAGGUUCUGUAUCAGACAGAGCGCUACAAUGAGGACACUUUUGGAUAUGAUAUUCCCAUUCGGGAGGAGGGGGACUAUAGCCUUGUUAUGAAGUAUGCUGAGGUGUACUUUGCCCAGUCACAACAAAAGGUGUUUGACGUCCGUCUAAACGGCCAUGUGGUGGUGAAGGACCUGGAUAUCUUUGAACGAGUUGGUCACAGUACGGCUCAUGAUGAGAUCGUCUCUUUCUCUAUUAGACGUGGUAAACUGAGCGUGCAAGGAGAGGUGUCUACUUUCAAUGGAAAGCUCACUGUGGAAUUUGUAAAGGGUUAUUAUGACAACCCGAAGGUCUGCGCUCUCUAUGUAAUGAAGGGGACUUCAGAAGAUGUGCCCCCUCUUCAGCCUCACCCUGGCUUGGAGAAGCCUGAGGAAGAUGAGGAAGAAGAGGAGGAAGGUGAGGCAGGAGAAGAAGGUGGGAAGAAAAAGAUCCUUGUAGAUAUAAAGAGCAGGGUCCAGUCAGGCCCCCGAACACCAAACCCAUACGCAGCUGACAACAGCAGCCUAAUGUUUCCCAUCCUGGUGGCGUUCGGGGUGUUCAUCCCCACACUGUUCUGCCUCUGUCGGCUGUGAGCGACGCCAAGUGAUCGAGGAGACGUCAAACUGACGUGAGGGACUAUGAAGAGAGAGGCAGGGAAGGGAGCGGGGGUCAAGGUGGCAACAGCAGCCCAGGUAAAAUCAUACACAGAAGAGAGCUCGGAGAAAACCAUGACAACGAACGACACAAAGAGACAAUAACUUUUCGGGAAGCAGCUAGGUGAUGAGGCAAAUGCUGCCGUCAUAUUCUGCCGUUGGGGUGGGAAAGGAGGUGUAGGAAGUGUUUGCUGCACACUUCUUUGUGAAUGUGUUUUGCAUCCACCUCUGCUGCCCCUUUUGAACUAUUGUAGUCAUUUCCACUCAGAAGACGGGCAGAUCUUACAGAUGCCAGUGUGCACGGUUUAAAAUCCCAUUUCAGCAGCCAAGAGAUGCACAGGAGUGAUUCGUCUGGGCCUGUUUUAUAAACUAAAAGAAUUGUUUUGUACUGGGUUUAAAUAAGAGUACAUGAGUCAAACGGAUAGUGGGAAUACGCUUCUCCAUUUUUUUUUUUUUUUAAAUUGUCACUUUUUUGUGUUUUGUUCCACUCAGAUCUAGUUAGUCCUUUGUUGACGUGCCAUCAUCCAUUUGCCAUAAGUCAUUGAAAGAAGAAACUAGGAGUGUUGAACCACUGGCCUUUACAUUCAUACAGUUUGGAUUAGAAAAAAUUAUUAUUCCACAAAAUAGAUCCAGGGCCAUGAAGAGUGUCAAACCACCCUCACAGGUUAUUUUUCUUAUUCAAGGAUGAAUCCAUUUCUAAAUUUUACAGUUUACAAGGUUAGAUUGCUGAACAUUCAAUGGCUGCUUUAGUAACUGUUGAGCACACACAAUUGCUUUUAGUGAGAGGCAAAGUUAAUGCUGUGAAGUGCUUAAGCUUCAGUGAGUCAGGAUCUUUACAUCGCUCGCUGUAUUUUCUGUGACCUCUGCCUUUUCUAUUCAUUCAUUAAUUAUGCAUGCAUGCCUUUUUUUGUUUCACCAAAGAAUGUCUUUGUUUUACCUGGUCAGAGGAAGAAGGCUUGUUGGCUUGGUUUUAAUUUGACAAGUAGCUCGGAAAAAUACCAAUCUGUGACACCUCUGUGGCACUUCAGUUGAAAUGGGGUGUACUUGGACCUACACUACCCUCCUGUAUCACAAUGAAUUACUUUAGAGGGAUAGUGUGUUAGCCUCUUCUUACAUCAGUGGCUAACUGGGAAGAUAGUAGUAAUAGUUGUUUUGUCCCAAAUAUGUGUUGCAAUUGAAAACAGAAUGCUGUGUAGACUCUGCUAGCCCAUAAAUUUAAGUCCUUUAUGUUAUUUAAACCUUAGGGAACAGGCUGCUGCAGUUUAAUACAAUGACAAUAAAUCCUGAGUCUGGGCCAGACACCUUCCAGAUUUCUCUGUGUCCUCAUCAAGCAAGAGAUGAAAGAGCCUAUCAUUGGUGCGAGUAGAAAAUCAAAUGUUUACUAGAUGUUUGAAAUCAACAUUUAUUGUGCUCCCCUCAUUUUUCCCUCAGCCUUUUCAAAUCUGUUGUCUUAAAACUUCAUUAUGUGGACUGUAGCAUUCUGUUAUUUAAGUGUAAACGUUUAGUGCAAUGGAGCAACAUGGUCUGGUCCCCGAUUUGACAAAGCAUACUAAGUGCAAAUUUUUAUUUUGGGCCUUUAUGAAAAUCUUGUUUGCCUUUCCCCCCCAACUUGUCCCCAUUAUAGAGUCAGCUAUGUGUGCUUAGCUUUUUGGUAUCCUUCUCUGCUUUCCUUGGACUGAAAAGCAGCUUUGUUCUUCAUUUUUAGUGGAGUUGUGUUGUGAACCCUCCUAUUUAUGUAUCUUGUUACCUCCCUAAAGUGCUUAGCUCAACUCCAAGGAAGAUUUUGUAACUUUGCCUGUUUCACUAAUGCGUCUUAAAUGUCCCCUGGCUCUCCCCCCUCGCUAGUAUUGCUGUUACCAUUCGCAGUACUUGAGGAAAAAAAACAACAUUAAUAAUUCAGGUGUGGUGGUUCCUUCCUCGCUCCCUGAUUCUCCUUUCCCAUUUUGAUUGAGGUGGGCAAGAAGAUUGUGCCAGAUAUUAUUUUGUCAGUUUAUGUUUUUCUUUUUUAAUUUAUCGAAGGUUGAAUCAUAUUGAAGACGUGUAAGCACCUUUUUUUUUUUCUCUCUCUCUCUGAAAAGAUGCAAAAAGUUCAUUUAAUUCAGCACCAAAGUCACCGUGUUCUCUUCCGCCGCAAGUCUACACAGCUGCGUGUGUAUAUAAGGUACAAGAUCACACAGUUUAUCGUGUGACACCUGUUUUGUUCUCUUCACUUUUGAGUUGUAGGUGAGGUGUUUUAUGUUGAGUUUGUUCUCCUGAGGAAGACUUGGUGGCCUUUCUUCAAGGGAGGAAUGGUGGUUGGUACAGAGAAUAAAACAAGCAGUCAGAUCAACUGACUGCUGGAAAGUAGAAUAAAUGAGAUUAUAUCUGAAAAUGUGGGAUCUUCCAUUCUAUUAUGUAUAAUUUCAAUCAGAGCGGGGCUGAUCUGGAGAUGUUUUAUAAUACACUUGGAUUUAUAUGUUUGAAAUUUUUUCCUCAGGAUCUGGUUUAUUUGAGUUUUAUUUUUAAACGUGAUAUUUUAUUGGUGUGACAUUUUGCACUGCCUCAUGUAUUUUAAAAUCAUUUUUUUGUGUGUUUGUCUUGUUUGCCUUGAAUUAUUGAAUACAUUGUGCUUUACCAUGAUUCGCCUUGAGGUUGCUCUUCUGUUGGCUUAUAUCAAAUUAGUCUCUUUUUCUUCUCUGUUAAACAACUUUGCAGGGCUAUAUUUUUUAUUCCGCGCACGCACGCACACACACAAACACACGGCUCUCGUUAGAAGUAAGGGAUUUCUGUCAGUAUAUUAAUACGUCUCCAGGCUGUUGUUACAACCAACUAGGCGCAAAGCCUGUCAAAAUAAAGCAAAGGUGACUGUGCAGCCCUCGUGUUACGACUGCAGCUUCUUGCAGGCUUGGUUUUUUAAAAAAAUAUUUUCAAAACAUCCUAUAAUUGAAUGAACUGGAGUGGAAUGAAGAUCUGCUCUGUUUUUUUAUUUUUCACAUGAGAACCAAAGAAUUGCUGCAAUUCCAUUCAAACGAAAACAUGGCGUCCAAACAUGACGUUAAAGGUUCUUCUUUUUUUUUUUUUUUUUCAUUCUUUUGUUUUACUCACCUGAUAAAGCUGUGAAUAAAACAGGGGGAAAAAACAUGUCAUGUCUUGUAUCCAGACUUGUUGUCACUGCUAAUUAAUUUACCGCCAUGACACCCAGUCUUUAAAUUUUCAUCCUCAGUCAUUUUAAUUGCUCCGAUUUAAUUACUGUAAAUUUGUUUGGGAUGACCUUUUUCCGCUUGUUGCUCUUUUUCUUUGUUUCUCAUUAUUUAAGAAACGGAACAUGUGAGAUGAAUUUAAACUGAGACAAAUUUGAACAGCAAAACAUCAUCCAGGCAGCAGACCACACACACACACGAUGAGGUAACAGAGUGUGUGUGUAUAAUGAGUCCUACUGUACAGCUAUACAUGUGCUGGGGAAAGAAAUACUUCUCUGAGGGCUGCAGACGGCAGCAGGUGGACUGAAAAAUGUAUCUGAGAUCCCUGAUCUUACUCAGAUGUGGCAUAUUAUCUGCAAAAUGGGAAAUGCUGAUAAAUGCUGUCUCUUUUUAAUAAAUGUGCUAUUUUAUCUA